AGUAUUGUGACAUGCAUUGGUUAGGUGGUGGACGUGCGGCUGGUAUCGGUGUUUGAUGCCCGGGAGCUGGAGCUGGUGAUCGCUGGCACUGCAGAGAUCGACCUGGCAGACUGGAGGAACAACACCGAGUACAGAGGAGGUAGAGACAGGGGAGCUGUGGUGGGCCUGGGAGGGUCAGAUGUUGUGGGGGCAAGCUUUUUCUAAUUCUGCUAAUCUUAGUCUUCAAAGAUUAGAUCAUGACUUUGAUUAGUGGAAUCAGGUGUUACUGCUUGGCCCCAAACAACCCACCCAGUUUACAAACAAGUGCAGGGGCAACACUUUUGACUGGACAUGAACGUUACAGAUUGUACUUUUUAAGAACAGGAGGCUUCCAUCUUUCUCCCAAGGGUAUCAUGACAGCCACAUAGUCAUCCGCUGGUUCUGGGCGGCAGUGGAGAGGUUCAACAAUGAGCAGAGACUGAGACUGCUGCAGGUACUACUUUUCAGGGGAAACUCCAACAGAUUUUGAUACUUACGAAAGGCUGAGCUCCCCAGUCUUAACUUACAAUAACUCUUUAUUUUACAGCCCUGUUACCACUGGUAUUUAUCUGGUAUUGAAUGUGAAUUUACUUGCUUAAAAUUGGUACUUCCUGUUACAAUUAAUCUCCUAGUGACCCAGAAGUAAUUUCUGAGAAAAAUGGAUGUAAUUGCCCUUUUUUACAUGUAUUUUCUAGGUAAAUACCUGGUUAUUAGGUCCUGUAAAAAAAAGAAGUGUUACCUAAAUUGGAUUGUUAACAUUGUGUAUUUCUCCCUAGUUUGUGACAGGAACAUCCAGUAUUCCCUAUGAGGGCUUUGCCUCCCUCAGAGGUAGCAAUGGACCACGCAGGUUCUGUGUGGAGAAGUGGGGCAAAAUCACCUCCUUACCCAGGUACAGUACACCUGUCUGUCUGUCCAUAUUUGCCUACCUGUUUGUGUGAGCUAUUCUACAUUUUCCGCUUCUGUCGCCAUUUUCUUGUGUGUACUGUGUGUGUGUGUGUGUGUGUGUGUAUGUGAUGUGUGUGCACAUCAGUGGAUGCUCCUCAGAGGAGGAAGGGCAGGACCAUCCUCCUCAGUGAAUUUAAUAAAAGUUUUAAUAGUGAAACAUAAAAAAAUUAAACUAUCAUUUUUAGAUACAACUAUACUAAAUAUAUUCACGUCACCAAAUAAUUGAUUAAAACACACUGUUUUGCAAUGAAGGUCUACAGUAGCCUCAACAGCACUCUAUAGGGAAGCACCAUGAAGUAGCUGGAGGACAGCUCGUUUCCGUCCUCCUCUGACUUGACUUCAAUACAAAACCUAGGAGGCUCAUGGUUCUCACCGCCUUCCGUAGACUUACACAAUAAUUAUGACAACUUCCAGAGGACGACCUCCAACCUAUCAGAGCUCUUGCAGCAUGAACUGCAAUUUUGUCCACCCAAUCAAGGGAUUAGAGAAUUAAUCUAAUACUGAAAGCAUAAGCUACCGCUAGCUAGCACUGCAGUGCAUAAAAUGUGGUGAGUAGUUGACUCAAAGAGAGAGAAAGACAAUAUAGUUGAACAGUUUUGAACAAAUAAAUGUCUUCUAUUUUUUCACUUUCACUUACUUAGCUAGCUAGUUUAGCCUACUCAAACAGCUGGCUAAAAACAGAGGGAUGCUACAGUAUGUUAGCUAGCUGGCUAUUGCUAUCCAACACUGGAACGCUUUCGGUUUUAUUAAUUUAUUGCCACCGGGCGUGCCGGUGUAACUGCUAAAGUGCUUGCUGACUGUACACUGUACUGCAUGAUUGUAGCGGGUUUACUAAUGCGUUUAGUUCUAUUAGCUAUGUUGACAAUUACGUGAGAUGGUGACAAUGAUGUAGGUUGUGUGUCGCUUUUAUAAUAUGAAUGUUUGGCUUGGAAAGCUUUUUUCGCCUGGUCACAGAUAGCUGAUGUGUUGUGCACUGAAGUCCACAAGCGAAGUGAAAAGGUGAGAGAGGAGAGCGCGUAGAUGCGAGAAUGAAUUACAACCAGCAAAGUGAUCAUGCUGUUUGUAUGUGGCUGCUAUGAAAGUGAACUGUGUUUGUGUGUGAUUAGGGGUAUAUUCAUUCCGCCGAUUCUGUUGAAAAAAGUAUCUUGAAUGGAAGCAAAGGGAACGAAACGGGGAUAAACAUACCUGAAUUUGUCCAAUAGAAACUCUCAUUUGCAACCGUUGGACUAAUGAUUACACCCUAGAUCUGCUAGAUUCAGGCAAGAGUGUGCAAAGUGGUAUUGAAUGUGUCACUGUCUGUCCACUUGAUUAUUAAAAAUUAUCUCGACCUGUGCACCUAAGGAACUUUAUUUUAUAGGUUGUAGCAACCUAGGUAUAGGGAAAUUCAAGUAUCAUGUAGUAGCCUAAAUCUAUCGAUGUUACAUUGAGUUGGGUGAAUGGAAUAUGAAUGACAGUCAUCCAAUAUGCUAUAAUAGAAAUAAGGCCAUGCUCCUAAAAAAAUAAACGGCAUCCUCCAUUUUAAACGGCACCGACCGCCACUGUUGCACAUAUAAAGUAGAAUGUGUGUGUAUAUUAAGCACAUAGUACACGCAUGGGUGUACUCCUCUCACUAUCGGUCUGUCUCUCUACAGGGCUCACACAUGCUUUAACCGUCUGGACCUCCCGCCGUACCCAUCGUUCUCCAUGCUCUACGAGAAAAUGCUGACGGCCGUGGAGGAAACCAGCACCUUUGGCCUGGAGUAACCUCUCCAAAAUGUCAGCCGCAGCCAGGGGUUGAAUUGGGAAAAAACUAUGGUAGAGAGGAAAUCCCACCACCACCUUAGCUUGAGGCGAGACAGUACUCACAGUACACAAUGGAAACUGAAUAGACAUCUACAAUAAAUUAUCAUUGAAACAAACUUUUGGGGACAAUUCCACCACCAAGACAAUCC